AUGUUCUUAUUCCGGCGUCCUCGUUUUCUCCUCUGGCUCUGCCUCAAUGUCUUUUUCGUUGUUGAUAUUGUGCUAAACAGUGGCUGGAUCACCAAGAAAAGUCAUCAGCUGAUUCCUGUCAGUGUCAAUCUUGUUAAUCCAACUUCAUCCGCCGUCACUCAGUCACGUUUUCCAUUAGAGACGGGAAAUGAAUCGGACGUUAAAAUCCAAUUGUUGUGUUGGGUUUCAUCGACGUUCAGCUUAUCCAUCAGUCAUGCAGAAAACGUAAUCCGAGAGACGUGGGGCAAACGAUGUGAUAAACUGUUGUUUGUUUACACGAACGACACUAAUAAUGGAAAAGAAGAACGACUAAGUGAGACGGACAAUGCUGGAAUUAUCCGGAUUGUUGGAAGGACAACAUCUGAGGUGUUACAGCAUUUGUACGACCAUCAUCUCAAUGACUCGCAUUGGUUUCUCAAAGCUGACGAAAACACUUACGUAGUGGUUGAACAACUGAAAACGAUGCUGUCCGUCCAAGACACUGGAACACCUUUUUACCUGGCUGCCAACGACAAAGAACACCCAUCGAUCAUUGGAGACGUGUAUGUCUUUAACAGAGCAGCCAUCCGCCGUUUAGUGCAUCAUUUCCGCCAUCCUGACGUCCAUCAAUCUUCUGAUGAAGCAGAUUGUAAAAGGUGGGGCCAUUUUCGGAAUUCCGGCAAGAGUAGUGUCGUGUUACCAACGUCUUUCAAUCGCGAGUGUCUGCAUCGGUUGGGUAUCGUCUCAUACAACACAAGAGACGAAAGAGGUUGUGAACGGUUUCUAUCCAACCGUCUUGCUACAGAAUUAGCUAAUCAUGUUAAUUUGGUACAUUCUGGGGACCGGUGCAUUUCGAGGACGGCCGUCAUCUUCCGCGGAGUUCAAUAUAAUCAGUUCCACGUUUACGAGCACAUGCUCUAUCGGCUUAAAAUAAUUCCUGACGUUUUAAGGCAGUGA